AUGACUUUCGUUCUCGGCUUUGCUGAGUUGCUGACUGACGCGUUGGCGCAUGCGUCUCCUCCACUUACUUAUCGACAAAGAGACACACAAGACAAGACCGCAAGACAGACGAGAAACAGCUUUUCGGCAUACGAUUCAGCCGAAUCUUCCAAGCGAGCUCAGGUCAAGAGAGAUCACUUCGAGGUUCCCUACUUCUACAUCCGCAAUCUCUCAGGCAUUGUUGCAAGACCGGACGCAGGCCGCCGCAACAAGCUACGUGUCCUUGAGUGGGAUCGAGGAUCGCUUCGGAUGCUCAGGUCGAUCGACUAUCUGCGUCGUCUCUCCCAAGGCACACGAUCACCUUUGAAUCGCAGCUCAGCAUCCAGCUCUCUUGCUCGUCGUAGUCAAGUACGAUUCCUCCGAACGCGCGCCCCGCAGCUCCUUGCCAUCAAGAUGCCAACAACGCACGCGCCUACGUUCUCCGCUGCCGGCGAGUCGAUCUCGUCGGGCACCACUACGCCGGAGCUCUCCAAGCAGCAACAGCAGCGUCAAGCAUCCGUGCUCACCACACAGACUGCGCCGGCCUCGCCUGCAUUGCGCGCGACACUGACUCCGGACGCUGCUGCGGUGCCGGCGUCCGCAUCCGACUCGGCUCUCGUCUCUUCGAAUUCGCCGAUCAAGGCAGCAGCAGUGGCGGUGCCUGUGUCGUAUGUAGCGCCCCCCAUCCCAUCCAGCAUCAAGACGUCUUUCGCCGCGUGGUGGAAGGCGAAUCCGGUGCAAGAUGCUGCUCAUGCUGAGCUACACCUCUACCGCUCUACUGGCUACUUUGACGGCGCAUCGGUCAACAACGUCAUUUGCGAGAACGAAGAGCUCCGAGACGGCAAAGGUCUCGCGAAUGGCCUCGAAUGGGCCCAGCGAGCCAGCUCGGCCGAUCAUGUCGUCGACAAUAACCACGCUUCGAGCUCUUCCAUCGGCUCACUCUUCCACGCUCCCAAGUUCUGGCCAUUCCAUCGCAGCAAAGAGCCUUCCACAAUGACCAUCGGCCUCACACCCGCUGCCGACGGCAAGAUUGGCUGCAUCCGUCUCGUCGAUCUCGGCUCUGCCGACACGGUCACUUCAACCCCGAGCAAGAGCCUGCCAGGUUCUGCCAACGCCUCGCUCACUUCUUCGCCUGCCGUUAAAUCCACGGCCGGAAGCAACCUUCCGGUACCUGCUGAUGCCCCCCUGGACGAGCCAAUACUCAACGACAACCUCGAGCUGACUCCGACACCGCAAGACGGUGUCAAGCCCUACACACCGCCCUCGGGACGCAAGCUCAACAUGCUAGAGAUUGGCAUCCCCUACUCGAAAGAAAAGGAACAGCAGAUCAAGAGUGAGACCAAGAUCGUGCUAGCGCACGGCUACGGAGCAGGCAGUGCUUUCUUCUUUCAAAACAUCAAAUCGAUGGCUCAAAUACCCGAUUCACGCCUGUACGUGCUCGACUGGCUAGGGAUGGGUCGUUCGUCGCGUCCCACGUUCCACAUCCCUUCGAGCGAGACCAAGAAUGUAGAGUCACGCGUGGCAGCUGCCGAGAGCUUCUUCAUCAGCAGCCUCGAGGACUGGCGCGCCAAGAUGGGUCUGGAAAAGAUGGUCUUGGUGGGACACAGUCUCGGCGGCUAUCUGUCGCUUGCGUAUGCGCUUCGCUAUCCCUCACGGGUAGAGAGGCUGGUCCUUGUCAGCCCCGUCGGUAUUCCCACGGCGCCGCCCGAAGACGAAGCGGCAGCCGCCAACACAUUCAAGCCCAAGAACAGGAGUGCCGUGGAGGAGGAGAUGCGUCAGCCGCAAGAGAAUGUGGCGCCCAAGUCUGCUGCGCAAGAGCUAAAAGACACAAGCACCGCCAACGACAUGGCGCGAAAAGCUGCUCAGAACCGUGCAGGCGGUAUCAUUGAAGGCAACAGCGGCGGCGCAUCGUCAGCCGGUCAGCCUCUUGCCCGCUCAGAGACGAUGCAGACGGUCGACUCGGCCAAGGUGCCUCGCUCUGGUCAGUCGAGUCAACCGGAAAAGGGCUCCCACGAGCCGCCCCGCUUCUCGAAGCGAAUGCGAUCCGUGUUUGGGUAUCUGUGGGAGCAGAACGUGUCGCCGUUCGGAAUCUUGCGUGGAUCGCUCUUCUUCGGUCCCAUGAUGGCCGGACGAUACACGUCUCGACGCUUUGGUGCAUUGCCGGACGACGAGCUGCGGUCGCUGCACGCCUACUGCCAGAGCAUCUUCCUGAGCAAAGGCUCGGGCGAGUACUGCCUUGCGCACAUCCUAGCGCCGGGUGCCUACGCGCGUCGACCCAUGGUAGAUCGCAUCGAGCGUCUCAAGAUGCCCAUGAGCUUCCUGUACGGCGAGCACGACUGGAUGGACGUACGUGGCGGCAAAGAGGCGGUGAAGCGUCUGCGCAAACAGGGAAACAGCAAAACUAACUGCUUUGUGGUGCCGAACAGCGGCCACCACAUCUACUUGGAUAAUCCGAGCCCCUACAACUCGCUCAUCGCCAGGAUCCUGCGCGGCGAAGCUGAUUCGUCGUCAAAGUAG